UGUUUGGUACGAAGGAAUCCCCUAACCGUAAUGCGGAUAAAUUAUUCUUCCUCUUUAAACCAAACCUCCAUGAUUUUUCACUUGAAAACCCAAUAAGACCACACGCACCGUCAUCAGCCGCUAGCAGAACUCGAGCCAAGUUUCAUAUAAUCAUCAACAGUUAGCAUCCUAACUUUAAAAAGGUGUGUUUUGAUGGAGGAAGGAGAGAGUGUAUUAGAAGCUAUUUACGAAGAAGAAGAAGAUGAAGGAGAUGUUGAGAUGGUUGAUGUGGAAGAAGGAGAAGUAAUAGAACAGAAUUCUCAAACUGAUUUUGCAAAGAGCAGUAACGGGUGUAACAGUUUUGAAAGCGAAUCAUAUCAAAGCAAAAAUAUUGAACAUAAAGAAAAUAAGAAGGAGAAGAAGAAGAACAAGAGAAAAAGGAAAAAAAGAGGCGGUCCGGGACCAAAUGUUACUGAUAUAAACAGGUUUGUGUUGGAUGUAUGUAGACGUCUAAAAGAGAAGAAAUCCUACAUGGUAUACACUGCUGUGGCUUGUCUUGGGGUUUCUAGGCUGGGUGACCUCGUGAAAGAGGUGGAUGCAGUACUGUCUUGUGGAGGGCAGAUGACUGCUGAUGGUGGACGUUUCCGAACAGGAGGUGGGAUAUUAUGGAACAUCGUGAAAACAAAAGAACCUAAGGCCUACCAAGAGAUAAUGAAAAAAACCAAGGAAUUUGAGAAGCAAUUUAGGCGACAGAACAGCAGACCAGCACCACAGCAAAAUAAGGAAGGUUCCUCUCAAGAAACUGUAGUUUCAAUAUCUGAUGGGGCCCUAUCCAGUGUUCCAAAUGAUUCUCAGCCCGUACCUCAAAAUCAGCAUGAACAGCCCAGUACUGAGAGGAAGCACAUACCUGUUCAUGACAGGAUCAGGGUACCUGUUUCAUAUGACGAUCUACUUGGGGAUGAUCCAAAGAAUGAUUCUGUUUGAUUUUUCGGAGAUAUGGAUAUUGAGUUGGUUUACUUUGGGGCUCAUGGACUUGCCGAUUUUGUUUUCUGUUGCUUUUUAUGGAUAGCUAUACACCAAAAAUAUCUCUCAAGAGAUGCGAAAUAGAUUUUUUUUUUUUUCUCCUUCCGUUCCAUUCUUAAAAAUGAUACUUUUUACUUGGGAGUAUCAUAGCAUGUUCAGUUUUAUAGACUUACAAUUGGGUACCUAUUGAAUAUAGAAUACUCUCUCCUUGCCGCUUGAA